AUGAAGCCCAGUCAUGUUAAUGCAUUCGCACGAUACUUUUUAAACGGCCUACCCACUUCAUUCAAGCAGACUAUCAUUGUCUGUGAGAAGUUAGCCUCUGGAGAAGUAGUCAUCAAGGAUACGGCGGGCUCUCUCUCUCGGAUUGCAAAAAUGAUGAACUUUUUGAAGGGAGCCACAGCUGUGGGUGUUGUUACAGCAAAUGGAGAGCUGCUAAUCAACAUAGGCAGUUUCAUCAAAUCCUUGGUAGACCAUGGUGGUUCCAAAACCAUGGACAUAACCAUCGACAAGAUGAAGUUCGAAGCUUGCUGCAACUUCAAAUGUGAACAUGAUGAAAAGCUAAAUGAGAUUAAGGAGAGCGUUGUUGAAAUGAAGACGAGCUUAGGUAAGCAAAUGGAAGAAGGUAAUGUCUAUGGGAGUCAAGACCGAGCCAACUUACCCGAACGCUCUGCUCAAACGCCAUUACUCUCAUUGCCCGCCAUACCCUUUAACGACAUCUCCCCUGAGAGUACCAACCUGCCCUUCAUCCUCUCAAGAUGUAUGGUCGGUGGGGGGACGAUCGCUUCCUCCUCCCCUUCCUCGCCUGGUCAUGUCAAUGCAUUCGCACGAUACUUUUUAAACGGCCUACCCACUUCAUUCAAGCAGACUAUCAUUGUCUGUGAGAAGUUAGCCUCUGAAGAAGUAGUCAUGAAGGAUACGGCGGGCUCUCUUUCUCGGAAUGCAAAAAUGAUGAACUUUUUGAAGGGAGCCAUAGCUGUGGGUGUGGUUACAGCAAAUGGAGAGCUGCUAAUCAACACAUGCAGUUUCAUCAAAUCCUUGGUAGACCAUGGUGGUUCCAAAACCAUGGACAUAGCCAUCAACAAGAUGAAGUUCGAAGCUUGCUGCAACUUCUAA